AUGGAGUCCACCACCCAUAAGCUCUAUCAUGUACAUGGAUUUGAUUCUAGACAACAUCUGGAGAAUUAUUUUUCAGACAAACCUGAUAUGGCUUUUCAAGAAGAUGCAUUAAAAUUUCCCAUUGAAAGUCUUACAAAAACCUUCAGCAAGGGUCAUAUUAGAGGAGAUGUCCUGAUUGACCUCAGCAAUGGUUCAUUUGUUCAUCAUCUCUAUGCAGCCUGCGAGUUUUUCCAACACAUCAUAGUCCUGAAGGUCAGUGACAGAUGCAUCAUGGAGCUGAAGAGAUGGCUGGACACACGGACAGGAGCAUUUGAUUGGGGACAUGCUGCAAAACUUCAUGGAGAGAUAGAAGGGAGAAGUGACCAGUUUCCGGAUAAAGAAGAAAAAGUGAGAUCAGCCAUUCCACAUGUUGUAAAAUGUGACCUUGAUAAAGAAAAUAUGACGGAUCCUGUGCUCUUACCACCAGCGGAUUGUAUCAUCAGUGUUUGGCUCCUAGAUGUUAUCUGCAAAAAUCAAGAUGAUUACAAGAGAUAUCUCAGGAAGUUCUCAGGGUUUCUGAACCCCGGAGGACACCUCAUAUUAAUUGGGGCUUUAGGUGAAACAUUUAUGACAGUUGGGAGGGACAAAAUCCAUGUUUUCACAUAUGAUGAGGAUUUUGCCAGGAAAGCUCUAGUUGGAGAAGGAUUUGUUAUAGAUAACUGUAAGGUUAAGAAGAGAACGGCUGUGAGUGACCUAUCUGACUAUAAGGCCUUGAUAUUCAUUGCAGCUCACAAGGAGAAGUAGGUCUGAGUCUUAACUUACAAAUUAAAGAGGUACUCUGUUGAAAAACAUUUUUUUUUUUAAAUCAACUGGUGCCAGAAAC